AUGCCAAAGCGAGCCCGGGACUGGAUCUGGGACAAACUGGUCCCUGAUGUGUUCUCCACGGUGCUUGAGCAUCCGAAGGUGAGGGGGCAUGCGCGGAAAUUCCGAGAGUCGAAGCCCGAGAGCGUCUUGCAAAGGCUGACGCAGGCACUCCCGCACACGGACAAGCUCUGGGUGCAGAAGUACAGCGUGCACCUCGCCAUCUACCUGCUCAUCGUGUCGCCACAGGAGACGCUACAGCAGCCUGUCGUGCUCCUGCUGGUGAGGUACCUGGAGCAUCUCAGAUCGAUGAACAUCAAGAACUUGGCUCCAUGGCUGGCCCGGCUUCUUUCAGCCAUCUCGGACCAUGCCCAGUUGUACAUACCAGACGCGAAGCUACGGGCCGCCCUACUGCAGGCCAUGCCGAAGGACCUUGCUUGGAAGAAGGGUGUUGAGAGCGCCGAGCGGCCCUCUGCGCGCGAAGCGCCGGGCGGAGGAGUGGACGCACAGGCGAAGGUGCUGCUGGACAAAGCAAUCCAAGACUGGAAGGUCGACCUUCGGGCGAACGACAAGGAGUCGGUCAUCGCUUCGCUGGAGGAGAGGGUGCCAACGACGAAUAAGCGCACUCUCCGGUACGUCCUCCGGCACGCCUCGGCUGCAUUGGAAUCGCCCCAAGUGGUGGCCUGUGGGGAGGCUCUCCCGAGCCGCAGUGAUCGAGGCCUCCAGCGCAGGGUUCGGCGCCUGAUUCUGCUCUGCCUGGACAGCGUCAGUACUUGGGACGCCCGGCUGGUGCCCCUGCUGCAACAUCUCCGCUUCAAGGUGGAGAAGUUGCCGGAGCCUGAUGACGAGAAGGAGCACGUCAUGGGCUCCAAGCAGUGGCAGCGUCUCCGGCUCAAGCUCGCAGAGCUUGCCUCGCAGGGCGGGCCCCUGGCGCCGAGUGCUUCGGAGCCUGUGUCGAAGCGGCCGGCUGCUCAAGGGCCGCAGCCAUCGACCUGGGACGAUCGGCGGAAGCGCUCCCGCCCAGGGGCAGGCGCGCAAGCACGGCAGCCAGGUGCCGACAAACGAGGCGCCAACCACGCCUUCGGCACGCAAGAGGUGGAGAAGCUGCUGAAAGGCCACCAGCUGCCCGACUUGUUCUUGGCGUACCCGCUGUUCCGCGAAAGCAUUCGCCAGUGCCGCGAGCAGUACCCCAAGGAUUUCGCUUCUGAUCCGAAGGGAACGACGCUGCGGCACUUUGAAGAGGUCCUCCGACAGCUCCCAGACCCGGGGGACGCCGAGCGCGUGCGGCGGCUCGUUCAAGGAUCCUACGGCAACCUAAGCGGCCGAAAGCAGUUUUGCUUCUGGAAGAUCUUCGAGGAUUGCCACUUCACCAACGUCUUCCAUCGGCACGACGCCUGCAACGUCUGCGUGGAGCAGCUCAGGCAGAUCCUUCCAUUCCGCGCCGCAAUCCCGGUUGUCGUGCUCAUCUACCACACGGGCAGCCGACCCUUCGUCCGGCACGUCGUCGCCGAGGUCGAGCGCAGACAUCGCGCGGGGAAGCUGGGUGACUUGAGCUUCGGCUCGGUACGAGCCACCCUGGAUAGCUACCUCAAGCGCUUCACGUGGCAGGUGCAGAACAAGGACAUGCCGCUACCGGAGCUCUACCACCGGCGUUUCCGGCCCAUGCUGCUGUGGAAUAACCAGGUGCGAAAGCGGCUUGCCGAGGCGCGCGCCGCAGGAUUGGAGAUCGCGCCCCAGUGUAAGUUGGGGUUUCUUGGCAAGCUGCCAGAGCUUUCCACAGACUCUGGGGGAGUGACACUGACGCCCGCGCUGAUAUGCGGUAAGGAGCACGCCCUGAGCCAGCUCAGAGGGAGGUCCAUCCUAGACAGGCUAAUGGACUAUUCCGCAGAGCAUGUAGCGGAGAGCACCUGUUUUCCGCGUGAUGGCCAGUGCCGGGAUGUGGAGUCACAGAUCAAGAGGCUCCUGGAACGCUGCGUCUCGGCCAAGAUGCAAUGGACGCCCCCCCUGCAGCAGGCCACGGAGACACGCAUCACGGACCGUGCGGUGCAGGGCGGCUGCGCCGCAAAGGCAUUGAAAUCAAGCCACUUGCUGCGGAACGCCUUCAAAUUGAACUUGGCCAACCUCCUCGAGCCGUGGCUGCCCUCGGCAGCGCAGAACAAGGAGUCUGAGGACAACGGCUUGGGCCCCGGAUUCCGGCAGAUGGCGCACAUCUGCCAGGGCAAGGGCAAGCAGGGAGAGAGUGAGCCGCCUCUUCACAGUGCUGUGUAG